AUGUCAAACUACCAAUCCUUCCCACAAUUUCCUCGACUACCUACAGAGAUCAGACGCCUGAUUUGGGUUCAUGCUCUGCCCAGAGGCCGUAUUCAACUCUUUGCCAAGAACGUGCCUUGGGAGAACUGGCGUCUUCUACCGCCUGUAGUUGCCCAUGUUUGCCAAGAGUCACGAGAAGUUGCCGUGAACCACUCAGUUGUGCGUGGUUUCCCAACUGCAGAAGAUAUUCAUACGACCACUUGGUUUAUCGGGUCUCGUGAUAUACUUGAGCUUCACAGCGGCUAUCCUUACCCGUUAUCGAACCCAGAGCCUUUCUUUUCUGCGGCAGAAAGGCUGGCAAUUAACGCUGGAGACUUUGAAGGCGAGAUCAAAGUUGUUAUCAAAGAUCUCAUCGAAGGUCGACGAUUUCAUAGCGUCAAGAUGAUAUAUCUCAUUGUCGAGCAGAUUGAGACAGCGUACUGGCCCAAGUUUCGACCGGAUAUGACGGAACAAGAUAAGGGCAAGGGGACAGUUCUUGACUUAUUCAGUGAUGAAGAUCUGAGAAAAAUAGAUGGAUAUAAGACAUGGGCACGUUUUCAAGAAAUGUCACCGGUCUUUCCUCGACGUCAAGACGUUGAACUUAUCCUUAGGUCGAGCCUAGACAGGAUCAUACUAGAAGAAAUCUGUCGGUACCACGAACGUCUGUUGCAAGCUGGAUACACCGAGGAAGAAGAAGAUAUAGCACCAUUUCCAACAACUACUCCUAUCGCCCCUGAUCAUCCUUGGAUCCUCCAACAAUGGAGGCGCCUACCGGAGUUCCGCCCGGCGUUAUUAAUCCUAGGAUGGAGGUAA